GUGGCAAGAAAGCCUGGAGCCGGUGGAAGAGGAGGGAGGCGAGUGGGAGCAGAGGUGCUCAGGACCAUGGCUGAGGCCAUCACCUAUGCAGACCUGCGAUUUGUGAAGGCUCCCCUGAAGAAGAGCAUCUCCAGCCGCCUAGGACAAGACCCAGAGGCUGAUGAAGACGGAGAACUCACCUAUGAGAAUGUUCAAGUGCCCCCAGGCCCAGGAGGACCCUCAAGCUUGGCUUCCGCUGGAUUAGGGGACAAAGCAGGGGUCCAGUCGGAGCAGCCAACUGCCGCCUGGAGCCCCGUGACGUCACCAGCUGCCGGGCGGAUUCUUCCCUGCCAAGCAUCCUACGUGCAGUACCUCUUCCUGGGCCUGCUCCUCACCUGCCUGCUGUUAGGGGUGGCUGCCAUCUGCCUGGGAGUGCACUAUUUCCAGGUGUCUCAGCAGCUCCAGCAGAUGAACAGGGUUCUGGAAGCCACUAACAGCACCCUGAGGCAGCAGCUGCGCCAAAAGAUAACCCAGCUGGGGCAGAGGGAAGAGGAUUUGCAGGGGUCCAGGACGGAGCUGGCCCAGAGUCAGGAAAGACUACAGGUGGAACAGAAGGUUGGCCAGGCUACCAAAGAGCAGUUGCAGGCCUGCCAGUCAGAUGGGGAGAAGACAAAAGAGGCCUUGAGAAAUAAGGAGAUACAAAGGAUGAACUUGGAGCAGAGGCUGAGCAGCGUGCAGGACACACUGAAGCCCUUCUUCACAUGCCCCUCACCAGAUUCCUGCUGUCCCUUGGGAUGGAUACCGAAUGAGAGGAGGUGCUUUUACAUCUCAAUUACUAAGAGAAAUUGGGAGGACAGCCAAAGGCAUUGUAAAUCUCUGUCCUCUGAACUGGCCAAAAUCAGCGACACGUCUUAUUCAUAUGGAUCUUAUUAUGCCAGAAGCUUACGUAAGGUGUUGGCACAAGGUGGUUCAGCUGAAUCAUACUGGAUUGACUUCAGAAAUCAGUUCUGGCAGUGGAGUGAUGGUACAAGAUACAAUGGUCAAAGCCAAAGAUGUACCAAGGUAGAUGGCGAGUGGCAGGCAAGUCUGAAGGUAGAGGACUGUUAUUCUUCUCUUCCCUCCAUCUGUGAGCUGGAAGCUUUCAGGUAUCCAGAUGCGGACCGCUCUUUGCACUGAGCUGGGUAAGUGUCGGGGAUGGGACUGAGGCGUGGGAGUCCGGGGGCAGAGGGUCUCAGGGCAGGGGCCCAGAGGCCAGGGGGAAAACUUGUUCCUGUAAGUGACAGCCAUGUCCACAGCCUCCAGGCUGUGCUUAUGUAAGGGGGUGCUGGGCAGGGGAGGCUGGCUAUGUGGCUGUCCAGGGAGUUGGGGAGGAGAUGGGCUGAGCUGGAUGAGGUUCUUAGGGACAGUCAACUGUGGAGCUCCCUGAUGCUUUAAUCCUCCAGAUACUCACGCCAACAAGAGCCUAAGCUGUAGCCUGCAGGUCCUAAGAUCCACCGCCCUCCAGCCUGUCCUCACUCUGCCUGGACAGUGCCUGGCCAAGGGCUGAUCCAUGCCCAACAUUUCUAGGCAAGCCUGCUGCCAAUAGAGAUCCUGUCCCAGAAACUGGACUGUUCCCAGGGAGAGUGUGAAGCAGCUUCUAGAAGAGAUUUUGGCCUCCCCCAAAACCUCCCAUAGUGGAAUGGGUGGGGAGGGCGCACGGGCUGAGCGGAUAGGGGCAGCCCGGAGCCAGCC